AUGGAUGAAGCUGCAAGGGCGGAUGAUGUGGAUUUGGGAUUUGUGGAGGAGAGUGAAGACUAUCUGCUGACAAAUACAUAUUUUCCCAGUAAAGUCGGAGGACGUCCGGCGUGGCUGGAUUUGGAGAAUCUCCCACAGCCAGAUGAGCUGAAAUGUGCCUCGUGCAAGGAACCCUGUAUAUUUCUGUGUCAGAUGUACGCCUCACUGGAUGAGCCAGACACUUUCCACCGGACAAUCUAUGUUUUUAUGUGCAAGAAUCCGGGCUGUUGUCAGGCCAACCGGAAUGAUAAUUUCAUCGUAUUCCGCAAUCAACUGCCCAGGAGCAACAAAUUCUACUCAUUCGAACCACCCCAGGAGGAUGACACGAAGGCUGAGACUGUGCAUCUUUGCACUCUGUGUGUAGUUUGUGGCUGUCGGGGUCCAUUCCAGUGUCCAAAGUGCAAGAGCACCUUCUACUGUGGGCCAGCUCAUCAGCGAUUGGACUGGAAGAGUGGACAUCGGGAAAAGUGUGGAAUGGGAAAGGCAUCACCGCUCUUUCCAGAGUACGAAAUUGUCCUGGAGACAGAGAAGACGCCCUCUCCUCAAGAUGCCAGUGAAGAGGAGGACCAGGAGACUUGCCAAAUGGCAGAAUAUGAGAAGAUGGUGGAAGCAGGAAAAGCUGGAGAGUUCAAGGAUGUGCCAGAGUCGGAAUUGCUGAAAUUUGCUCAGGAGGAGGAUGAGGCAUUUUCGCACUUUCAGAAAGUCAUUUCCAGGGAACCUGAUCAGGUUCUCAGGUACUGUCGCAAGGGGAGUCCACUGUGGAUCAGUUCUGCAAACAUCCCAUCACCGGACUCCAUCCCAAAGUGUUCAAGCUGUGGCGAUGAUCGAGUCUUUGAGUUUCAGAUUAUGCCACAGCUCCUGAACUACCUCCGUGAGGAUGGCCUUACGCUGGAUUGGGGUACUCUGGCCAUCUACACCUGCGUCAAUAGCUGUGAAGUCUCUGACGGCUACGUCCGGGAAUAUAUUCACAAGCAGGACAUUUUGUCGCCGGAAUAGAGUCAGAGGCGGAUUGUAACAGAUUUUAUAAGAACUUUAUUUCACAAAAAGAAAAAAUCAGAGGAAAUUCAUUUUAGAGGAAAAAUGUUAAAUGCAUGGCUUUAAAGCUUUUCUUUCGAGUGUUUUCUGUGGGGGAAAUCCGAUGGUGGUGGCGUUCAUUUCUUCUCCUGCUGAUUCCUCAGGAAGUCAUAGACCACAGAAAAGUCCUUGUCUCCCAGUCCAUGUGCCAUUACUGUCCUGUAGACCUGGUGGGCCAUUGCUCCCAGUGGAAUUGGGGUAUUUGACGAUGUGGCCACUCCACUGGCCAAUCCCAAAUCCUUGGUCAUGAGAUUUGUGGCAAAACCGCCGGCGUAGUCAAAAUUGGCCGGAGCUGUUGCCACCAAUCCGGGAACGGGGCUGUAGACCUCUGAGGACCAGCAUCUUCCCGUGGAAGAGUUGACAAUGUCUCCGAAGGUCUUUGGGUCCAAUCCCAGGCGAAUAGCCAGGUUCAUGACCUCAGACAGACCCACCAUGGAAAUGCCCAGCAUCAUGUUGUUGCAAAUCUUGGCCGCCUGACCCAUUCCGUAACCUCCGCAGUGAGUGAUCUUCUGGCCCAUUCCCUCCAAAAGUCCUUUGACAGCUUCGUACUCAGCUUCUGUCCCCCCCACCAUGAAAGUCAAUGUGGCUGCAGCAGCCCCUGGAACUCCUCCGGAUACCGGAGCGUCCACAAAGGUGGCUCCCUGACCCUUCACCACUUUCUGCACAGCCUGCGCCACCAUGGGAUCGAUGGUGCUGGAGUCAAUGAAGAUGGUGCUGCUGUUGACGCCGGACGAUACCAUCUCCUUGUACGUCUCGGAGACGAUAUCGUUGUUUGGCAGCAUCGUCACGACAAAGUCUGACGAUUUGGCCACAUCCUGAUAGCUCUUGCUAACAGUGGCGCCCUUGGCUUUGAGGGCUUCGCAAGCUGGGGCCGAAAUGUCGAAUACAUUGAGUUUGUGGCCCUGGACAAAAAUUAAUAUCAAAAAAUUCCAUAAUUUUUGUAAAAAAGAAAAUAUGAAUAAAGAGGUUAUUUUCGAAA